AUGGGCUCCGUCAGCAAAACCGGAACCCCAUACCCUCCCGGUAUCCACGUCCCCAGCUUGACGUGGUUCAAGUCCGACGAAACCCAAUCCAUAGACUGGGACAUCCAACAAAAGCAUCUCGAAUUCCUGAUCAGCAGCGGACUACCUGGCGUCGUCGUCUGCGGCACAAACGGUGAAGCCGCAACAGUCACACCCCGGGAAAAAUCAAAGCUUAUAAGCCUCGCGCGCUCAGUUGCGCAGAACCUUGGACGACCAGAGAUCGCCAUCACCUGCGGCACAUUCGGUGGUUGCACACAGGCUAUUAUUGAAGACACAAAGCUUGCGGCGGAAGCUGGUGCGGACUUUGCGCUUGUUUUGGUGCCUUCAUACUUCCACUUUGCGCUUGAUCAGGAUGCCAUUGUCGGCUUCUUCCAGGAGGUCGCUUGCGCUUCUCCUAUCCCUAUUGUCAUCUACAACUUCCCCGGAGUUGUGAGCGGAUUAAAUGUGAACUCUGAGAUGUUGCAUAUUCUGGGUGAUCACCCCAAUAUCGUCGUCGUUAAGCUUACCUGCGGUACUAUUGCAUCCGUGGCGCGAACAGCUGCCAAAUUCGGCCCGGGUUUGGACUUGAAGGAUAAUAAGUACGCUGGACAGCCUCAAUUUGUCGCACUUGCUGGUCAGAGUGACUGGUUGGUUCCUGCCUUGAGUGUUGGGGGCACUGGUUGUAUCACUGGUAUGGCAAACUUGUAUCCCAAGACAUGCAUCGAAAUAUUCAACCUCUAUGUCGCCGGCAAAAAGGCCGAAGCUGAGGAACUCCAGAUCAAACUCGCCAGCGUCGAAUGGGGUUUCGGAAAGGGAGGUAUUAACGGCACAAAAUCGGUUGUUGGAAAAUUCCUUGGAUAUCCAGAAGAAAGUACUUGGUGUCGACGACCUUAUCCCAAGUUCUUGGAUAGUGGAAAACGGGAAUGGAUUGAGACUACCGUGAAACCGCUUCAGGAUAUUGAAGCUUCUCUUGUCAAGAGAGGCUGA